AUGGUUAACGCAAAGGCCUAUGGGCAGCAUACUUGCUCGUCGGUGCAGCUGUCGAAGCCCACGCACCCGCCCCAUCCUCCCCACAACUCCUCGCAAGUCCUCCGCCGCGACAUCACCGAAGGCGAAGCCGGCAUACCUCUCGAACUCGAAAAUGGAAUCAUCAAUGUGAAUACAUAUGAGCCGGUUCCGGAUGCGUUGAUUAGUAUCUGGCAUUGUAAUGCUACGGGGAUUCAUUCCAGUCUUGAGUACAGUCCAAAUACACCGUUUGAGACGCUGCUGAAGGGGUUGGGGGUUACGAAUACGACGGGGUAUGAUAAUUUCGCGUUCCUGGCGAAUGGGAAUUCGACGUUUCUGAGGGAAAUGUGGCCUACUGACAGCCAGGGCGUGACGGGUUUUAAGUCGAUUGUGCCGGGCUUUUAUGUCGACCGGAGUAUCCACAUUCACGCACAAGUCUACACGGAUUGGAAUGUUACUAUCAAUGGUGCCCUGGACGCAGGUACUGUUAUUGAGACGGGACAGAUUUUUAUCCCGGAGGUUCUUAGUGAGGGGAUCAUGCCGCUGGAGCCGUAUGUCAGUCAUACGGAGAUUGAGAGGUUGCGGAACUCGAACGAUAGUCUUUAUAACCAGGUGCUGCAGAGUGGAGCGGAUAGUACGGUGGAUUAUGAGCCGCUGGAUGGGGAGGAUGUGAGGAAUGGGGUGUUUGGCCUGGAGGAUGAGUCGACUCUGUACAAGCUGGAUGAAAUUGGCUGA